AUGGCUGCCGCUACCGGCGCGGUGGCAGCCUCGCCCGCCCCGGGUCAGGCUGAAGGGAAGAAGAUCACCGAUCUGCGGGUCAUCGAUCUGAAGUCCGAGCUGAAGCGGCGCAACUUGGACAUCACCGGAGUCAAGACGGUGCUCGUCUCCCGACUCAAGCAGGCUAUUGAAGAGGAAGGAGGCGAUCCAGAUAAUAUUGAAUUAACUGUUUCAACUGAUACUGCAAACAAGAAACCAACCAAAGGCAAAGGUAAAAAACAGGAAGCAGAUGAGUUGAGUGGAGAUGCUUCUAUGGAAGAUGAUGCUUUUGUCAAGGACUGUGAAUUGGAGAAUCAAGAGGCACAUGAACAAGAUGGAAAUGAUGAACUAAAGGAUGCUGAAGAGUCUGGUGAAAAUGAAGAGGAGACUGUGCAUUUGAAGGAGUUACUUUUCAAAGAAGAAAACAAGAAAACUCGUGAAUUAAUUGAGGCAGAAGCAAUUGAAGAUAUAGAGAAAGAGGACAUCGAAAGUCAGGAAAUUGAAGCUCAAGAAGGUGAAGAUGAUACCUUUCUAACAGCCCAAGAUGGUGAGGAAGAAGAAAAUGAGAAAGAUAUAGCAGGUUCUGGUGAUGGUACACAAGAAGUAUCUAAACCUCUUCCUUCAGAAGGGAGCCUAGCUGAGGCUGAUCACACAGCUCAUGAAGAGAUGGAAGCUAAUGCGACUGUGAAAGAAGCUGAGGAUGACAACAUCUCGGUCACAAUCCAGGCUGAAGAUGCCAUCACUCUGGAUUUUGAUGGUGAUGACCUCCUAGAAACAGGUAAAAAUGUGAAAAUUACAGAUUCCGAAGCAAGUAAGCCAAAAGAUGGGCAGGACGCCAUUGCACAGAGCCCGGAGAAGGAAAGCAAGGAUUAUGAGAUGAAUGCGAACCGAAAAGAUGGUAAGAAGGAAGACUUCGUGAAGGGUGAUCCUGUCGAGAAGGAAGCCAGAGAAAGUACUAAGAAAGCAGAAUCUGGAGACAAAGAAAAGGAUACUUUGAAGAAAGGGCCCUCAUCUACUGGGGCCUCUGGUCAAGCAAAGAGCUCUUCAAAGGAAUCUAAAGACAGCAAGACAUCAUUCAAAGAUGACAAAGGAAGUACAAGUAGUACUAGUGGGAGCAGUGGGAGCUCAACUAAAAAUAUCUGGGUUAGUGGACUUUCUUCUAAUACCAAAGCUGCUGAUUUGAAGAACCUCUUUGGCAAAUAUGGAAAGGUUCUGAGUGCAAAGGUAGUUACAAAUGCUCGAAGUCCUGGGGCCAAGUGCUAUGGCAUAGUAACAAUGUCUUCAAGCACAGAGGUGUCCAGAUGUAUCGCACAUCUUCAUCGCACCGAGCUGCAUGGACAGUUAAUUUCUGUUGAAAAAGUUAAAGGUGAUCCAUCUAAGAAAGAAUUAAAGAAAGAAAAUGAUGAAAAGAGUAGUUCAAGAAAUUCUGGGGACAAAAAAAACAUGAGUGAUAGAAGUAGCAAGACACAAACUUCUGUCAAAAAAGAAGAGAAAAGGUUGUCUGAGAAAUCUGAAAAGAAAGAAAGCAAGGAUACAAAGAAAAUGGAAGGUAAAGAUGAGAAGAAUGAUAAUGGAUCAAGUGGCCAAACUUCUGAAUUCAUUAAAAAAAGUGAAGAAAAGAAGCGAAUAAGUUCAAAGAGCCCUGGACAUAUGGUAAUACUAGACCAAACUAAAGGAGAUCAUUGUAGGCCAUCAAGAAGAGGAAAAUAUGAGAAAAUUCAUGGAAGAAGCAAAGAAAAGGAAAGAGCUAGCCUAGAUAAAAGAAGGGACAAAGACUACAAAAGGAAAGACAUCUUGCCUUUUGAAAAGAUGAAGGAACAAAGACUAAGAGAACAUUUAGUUCGUUUUGAAAGAUUGCGACAAGCAAUGGAACUUCGAAGACGAAGAGAGAUUGCAGAAAGAGAGCGUCGAGAGCGAGAACGCAUUAGAAUAAUUCGUGAACGGGAAGACCGGGAACGCUUACUCAGAGAGAGAGAGCGCCUAGAAAUUGAAAGGCAAAAACUAGAGAGAGAGAGAAUGGAACGCGAACGCUUGGAAAGGGAACGCAUUCGUAUUGAACAGGAACGUCGUAAGGAAGCUGAACGUAUUGCUAGAGAACGAGAGGAACUGAGAAGGCAACAGCAGCAGCUUCGUUAUGAACAAGAAAAAAGAAAUUCUUUGAAACGCCCACGUGAUAUAGAUCAUAGGCGAGAUGAUCCUUACUGGAGCGAGAAUAAAAAAUUGGCUCUAGAUACUGAUGCACGAUUUGGCCAUGGAUCUGACUACUCUCGCCAACAGAACAGAUUUAAUGACUUUGAUCAUCGAGAGAGGGGCAGAUUUCCUGAGAGUUCAUCAGUACAGUCUUCAUCUUUUGAAAGGCGAGAACGCUUUGUUGGUCAAAGUGACGGGAAAAAAGCACGUCCUACUACACGAAGAGAAGAUCCAGGUUUUGAAAGGUAUCCCAAAAAUUUCAGUGAUUCCAGAAGAAAUGAGCCUCCUCCAACAAGAAACGAACUUAGAGAAACAGACAGGCGUGAAGUACGAGGGGAGCGAGAAGAGAGGAGAACUGUGAUCAUUCACGACAGGCCUGAUAUCACUCACCCAAGACAUCCUCGAGAAGCAGGGCCCACUCCCUCUAGGACCUCCACCUGGAAAAGUGAAGGAGGCCUGUCCAGUGACAAACGGGAAGCAAGAGUUGAAAGGCCAGAGCGAUCUGGGAGAGAAGUGUCAGGACACAGUGUAAGAGGGGCCCCACCCGGAAGUCGCAGUAAUGCUUCCAGCUAUGGCAGCAGAGAAGGAGAAAGGGUCAUUACAGACCGGGGAAGUGGAGCACAGCACUACCCUGAAGAACGACGUGUGGUUGAACGCCAUGGACGGGAUGCCAGCGGACCAAGAAAAGAGUGGCAUGGCCCACCUUCUCAGGGGCCUGGCUAUCAUGACGCAAGGCGAAUGGGCGAUGGCCGGUCAGGGGCAAACAUGAUAACCCAACAUGCAAGUAACGCCUCCCCAAUUAAUAGAAUUGUGCAAAUCGGUGGCAAUUCCAUACCAAGAGGAAGUAGCUCUGGAUUUAAGCCAUUUAAAGGCGGGCCUCCACGACGAUUCUGA